AUGAUCCACGAGCUAUCCAACUUCAGGUCGCCAGAGCCCCUAAAAACGGACCCAGCGAAGAGAGACCGCAACAAAAAAUGUGUUUAUCACAAAGAGCAUGGACAUACUACGGAGCAAUGUAGAAGCCUCCACUACUUUGUGGAGAAACUUAUAAAAGCUGGACACUUGAAACAGUACGUCCGCUCAGAAGGCCAAAGUGGGGAGACAUCCCAGGGUCCAUCCACUGCUACAACUUCCAUUCAUCCUAGAGUCAUGAUCAAUUAUAUCCACGGUGGACCCAUCGAUGAGGAAUACAACUCCAAACGAAAAAGACAAAGGUUGCUUCGAGUUGCCUUUGUACGAGAGCAAGUUAGCUUCGUCCAACCUGGAUUGACCAGUUGGAGCACACGCCUAAUAGAUGGGAUGGUGAGUUAUCUCACCGAAGACGGACAAAUUAAUCUCUAUGGUAGCCAGCUACCAGCUCAACAGUGUUACGAAGUGGCAGGGGAAGCUGGAUCUAGUAGUGAUCACGAGUCUCCUCUCAAAUGUGCAAGUGUGGCCGAUCAAUAG